AUCAUAUAUCAUGUACCUGCCUGCCUACUACCUACUAGUUAGUACUUAGGCAAUGUGCAAGACUGGUGGUCUGAUGCAACACACGACAUGCAUCUUCUAGCUAGUCGUUCACCAUUGAAUGUCCUGUCGGUUCAGUCACUUGACUAAAUAACCGUCAAUCUGCACAUUCCUCGUAGAUCAUCUUUUCUCUCUCUCUUUCUCCCUCCCUCAUUUCUCGUCUAUCUUCUCUGAAACACAGUCACUAUCUACUUGGAGAUUCCUUGGGCCGAGUAGAAUCAAUAUGUCGGAGUACAAGGUGGAGUAUGAUUCGGAGCUGGAUUCCUUCCAGCUCUACCACCGCUACGAAGAACCCCAACCGAACCUCGACUGGAAGCGCGCCGCUCUCAGCGGGCCCGCACUUCCAGCGCUGGGCAAUGCCGUCGCGGGAGCAGUCGGCUCCGCGCUCUCGAACGUCGCGACGUAUCCGUUGAGUUUGAUCGUUGCCCGCUUGCAAACGCAGAAGGUGAGAAGGGGUACAAAGUCGGAGAAAUCAGCGUCGGACGCCGAAUAUACCAGCGUCCUCGAUGCAGCACGCAAAAUCUACGCCGAGGAAGGAAUCGCCAGUUUCUACACGGGUCUAGCACAGGAUACGAUAAAGUCUGUUGCGGAUUCGUUUCUCUUCUUCCUUGCGUACGAGUUCUUUCGGCAGCGGAGGAUACGCGCCCGGUUUGGGAAUACGCGCCGCAGCAAACAUACUGUUUUACCGGUGCUGGAUGAGUUAGCGGUGGGUGUUUUGGCGGGGGCGUUUGCCAAGCUGUUUACGACGCCGUUGGCGAAUAUUGUGGCGAGGAAGCAGACGGCUAAGGAUGUUGGUGGUGGGAGUACGAAGGAGAUUGCGGCGCGGAUUAGGGCUGAGAAGGGAUUACGGGGGUUCUGGUCGGGGUAUUCGGCUUCGUUGAUACUCACGCUGAAUCCGUCGAUUACGUUCUUUCUGAAUGCUGUGUUGAAGUAUGCGUUGCUGCCGAGGAGUCAGCGACAGAAGAGACCGUCUGCUGUGGCGACGUUUUUCUUGGCGGCCGUUAGCAAGUCGAUUGCUUCGUCGGUAACUUAUCCGUUUUCGAUGGCGAAAACGCGGGCGCAAGUUGCGGGGAGUCAGAUUACGGUGGGAGCUGAUGGGGAGAAGAAGAAGGAGGAUGAAGGGGUGUCGUUGAUGCCGGCGAUUGUUAGUAAUGUGGCUGCGAUUGCGCGCACUGAGGGCGUUGCUGCGCUUUAUGCUGGACUUCCUGGGGAGGUGCUCAAGGGGUUCUUUUCACAUGGGUUUACGAUGCUCGCGAAGGAUGCAGUGUAUUCGGCGAUUGUGAAGAGUUAUUAUCUGCUGCUCCUUGCGCUUCGGAGGUAUCCUACCCCAGAGGAACUGCUUCAGCGGGCUCGCGAACAGGCGGAGGAGUUUGCUGAUGCUGCACGUGAGGGUGCUCGUGAUUUGGCUGAGAGAACACGGAGUGGCACGGAAGAAGUCCUGAGUCACCAGGCUGGGGGUGUGACGGUGGAUAUGACUUCCAGUGAAUUGGCGGAUUCGAACGAGACGGCGGAGAUGGUGGGAGAUUAUGUCGAGGAUGAUGGCAGUGCGAAGACAUACCCCAUGUCGACCGACCCCCAUCCCGGUCCCGGUCUAGGGGACCUGGAGAAAGAACUGACCUGCUCGAUCUGCACGGAUCUGCUGUACCAGCCUCUCACCCUCCUCGACUGCCUGCACACCUUCUGCGGCUCCUGUCUCAAAGAAUGGUUCUCUGCACAAGCCUCCCGCGCCCGGUCGUCAUCUUCCGUCCGGUUCACUUGUCCGUCUUGUCGCGCGGUGGUCCGCGAAACCCGCCCUAAUGCUACCGUUACUACUCCCGACCGGGAUAAGUCGGCGGAGGAGAAGGAGGAGAUUGCGCAGAGAUACAAACAUGGUGAUUCGGUGGGUGAUGUUUCGGACGAUGAGGAUCGGAGGUUGUUGGAGGAGGUAAGGGAAUUGAGUUUGCAGGAAAGUCGGUCGAGGCAGUCGUCGCGGACUCGUCGCACGGAAUCGAGUGCUGAGGUGGAUGGGGCGCGACAACGACGGCGAGAAGAGGAGCGUGCUGCGCGGCGACGGCAGGGGGAGACUGCUGCGGAGCGCAAUAGACGCAUAGAGCAUCAUUUGUCGGAUACCGAGACGAUACAGGAUCAGAUUCUACGGCAGAUUUUGGAGGAGGGGCUGCUGGAUGAUAUCGACUUCGAUAAUCUGGGUCCGGCGCAGGAAGAGGAGCUUAGUGAGCGCAUCGCUGAUGCGUAUCGUCGGAGGCAUAGAUUGCGCUCUCGCUCGCAGCAACGGUUGGAGGCGCGGGAGACGAAUCAGACGUCGUCACGGGCUCGGGCUCGCUCGCAUUCUACGCAGAGACCACGGGAAAUUCCUACGCAAAAUGAGACUAGCCGGAAUCCUCCUGUGUCGAGACCGCAUCUACUAGAUCCGCUCGUGGCGCGAAAUGGGAACCCGGGUCAUCAGAGGCGGUUGUCGGAUCAGGGAAGCAGCCGUCGGCGAACGUCACCGGUGCCUGCGAAUCCUGCUUCUUCGUCGGAGGUCACGCUGAGGCCUGCAGCGCGAUCGUCUAGUGACGUGGUUACUGACCGUCCCCGAAAUUCGCAGGCUGCCCGAGUCAGAACGGAAUCGUCGCCGCGCUCUCGACGUGCCACGGCAUCUGAGCAGAGCACACCGAACAUCUGGGUGGAAGGAGCCAGGGAACGUGCCAUCCGACGAGCUCCUGGUAGAUUAUCCAUCGAUUCACCACGGGUGGUUGCAGCUCCUGAGCAGAAUACACACACCGGUUCCUGGCCAGCGAGUCCGGGAAUGGUUGUGCCUGCGAGCAGUUCCUUGGUAGCAGAGGUGGGAGGAACAGGCAGAUCAGAGGCGCGAUCUCGACCAUCUUCGUCCCGGUCCAAUGCGCCUCGCUCUGCCAUCAUGUUCAGCGAACCGUCUAUUUCAUGCAAUCGAUGUGGCAAGGAGAAGAUACAAUACGAUUUACACAAGAAAUGUCCCAAAUGCAAUGAUGGCGGUUACCACCUGUGCUUGAGAUGCUAUCGCACCGGCGAAGGGUGUCUCGAAUGGGCAGGCUUCGCCAAAUCCGCAGAAGCGGACUUUGAACGUAUUAUCGCUUGUUCAAGUGGCCAUCCCUCGCCACUUCGCAGCAGCUCCCAGCAGCAUAUCCUGCAAUCGUGCAAGUACCGUCGGGCACCAGACAUUGCCUACCGUCCCGACCGAGACGGACGAGUUAUGACCACCGACGACCCAGCCCAAAGACUCACAACCGGCUUCUUCUGCGACAGCUGCCAAUCCCCAGCAAACGACUGCUACUGGAAGUGCGACCAAUGCAACGAAGGCGACUGGGGCUUCUGCAACCGCUGCGUGAACCAAGGACGAUGCUGCACCCAUGCCCUCCUUCCCAUCUGCCGCAUACCACCCGACAGCAACUCAACUCCAACCGCAACCGCAACCGCAACCACAACCGACAACACGCCCUCCCCAUCACUCGAAACAUACAAGAUCCUCUCCAUCGCAACGAACUGCGACAUCUGCACGCACCCCAUCCCCGACUCCACCCCCCGCUUCCACUGCCUCCAAUGCAACAACGGCGACUACGACAUCUGCACCAACUGCUACCUCCGUCUCGUGGCCAUCGGCAAAAUCCGUAAAGAAAACGGCCACAACGGCUGGCGCCGCUGCCUGAAAGGCCACCGCAUGGCCGUGAUCGGCUUCGAAGACCACGAAGAAGGCCAACGCCGCGUCAUCCUCCGCGACCUCGUAGGCGGCCGUGCCCUCAACGACGACCACCUCAUCCAGCCCUCCUCUCCAACCGCCUCCCCAAUCACCACCAUCUCCACUUCCAACUCCACCAUCGCCUCCCCCGAAGUCGGCUCCGGCGAUUGGAGCUGGAAAGAGGGCUCCGAGCGCCGCAAAAAGGCCUCUCGGAUUAGACCUUGGACUAUCGGUGACCGUGACCGUGAUCGUGACCGCUCCUCCGAACCAAACACACCCACCACCAUCACCACAUCUUCCCCCUUCACUAUAUCCAGCUCAGCUAUAUCCUCACAAAUCUCAUCCUCAACAAAUUCUACGACAACGACAAAUGGUACCCGCCGCUAUCCACCCGACGGCGGCGUCGGCUUAGUCGUCCAUGCCCUGUGGUCAUGGUACCCCGAAGACGGAGUCAAAGACGAAUUGAUGUUCCCCCGCGGAGCGGAAAUCACCGAAGCAGAGAAUAUCAAUGAUGAUUGGUACUGGGGGUGUUAUGCGGGAUUGACGGGGUUGUUUCCGGGGGCCCAUGUGUUUGUUGCGGGAGAGGUGGUUUGAUUGAUGAUUAUGAUAACGGUGGUUGUGGUGAUGAUGAUGAUGGUGGCAGUUCCG